GGAAUCACGAUCCUAUUGGUGGGGGCGAGGGGUGUGGUAGGCCGUCCCCUUGGAAGUAAAGGAGACUGCUCCCGGCCGAAGUCAGCAGACUGAUCCCGAGGCCGGCAGCCUGCUGGUGGCUUCAGUUAUCUCCAAGUCAGCCUCAGUUGACCAGCUGGAGGCAGUUAGCGCCCUCGGUUGGCGCCUCCGCUAGCAGCCGCGAUUGCUGGGAGACAUGGCGAUGCUGGCGUUUCUUUCGGGCCGGGGGUCUUUCUCGGCGGGUCCUCCCCUCCGGAAGCUGCUGCGGGAAUUGAAUUUUGUGCACCGGAACUAUACACCGAGCACCAGUUUGAAUGAUGUAGUCAUAGUCAGCGCCAAAAGGACACCUAUUGGAUCUUUUCUAGGAUCUCUUUCCUCGCUUCCAGCUACUAAACUUGGUUCCAUAGCAAUUCAGGGAGCCAUUGAAGCAGCAGGAAUACCCAAGGAAGAAGUCAAUGAAGCAUACAUGGGCAAUGUUCUGCAGGGGGGUGAAGGACAAGCGCCGACCAGGCAGGCCGUGCUUGGAGCAGGUUUACCUAUCUCCAUUCCAUGCACCACUGUCAAUAAAGUUUGUGCAUCAGGAAUGAAAUCUAUCAUGAUGGCAUCUCAGAACCUAAUGUGUGGCCAUCAGGAUGUGAUGGUUGCUGGUGGAAUGGAAAGCAUGUCUAAUGUUCCAUAUGUAAUGAACAGAGGAGCAACUCCUUUUGGAGGAUUAAGACUUGAAGAUUUAAUUGUGAAAGAUGGACUAACUGAUGUCUACAAUAAAAUUCACAUGGGUAACUGUGCUGAGAAUACAGCCAAGAAACUUAACAUUUCACGAGAAGAACAAGAUGCUUAUGCCAUAAAUUCUUAUGCCAGAAGUAAAGCAUCUUGGGAUGCUGGAGUAUUUACAGAUGAAAUUAUUCCUGUUACAGUUUCACAAAAAGGUAAAUCAGACAUAGUGGUAACAGAAGACGAAGAAUACAAACGUGUUGAUUUUAAUAAAGUCCCAAAGCUGAAGGCAGUUUUCCAAAGAGAAAAUGGUACAGUGACAGCUGCCAAUGCCAGCACACUCAAUGAUGGAGCAGCUGCUGUGGUUCUGAUGACAGCAGACGCAGCUAAGAGACUCAAUGUUGAGCCACUGGCAAGAAUAGCAGCAUUUGCAGAUGCUGCUGUAGAUCCUAUUGAUUUCCCAAUUGCACCUGUUUAUGCUGUAUCAAAGCUUCUUGAAAGAUCAGGAUUGAAAAAAGACGAUAUUGCAAUGUGGGAAGUAAAUGAAGCUUUUAGUGUAGUUGUAUUAGCAAAUAUGAAGAUGUUGGAUAUUGAUCCCAAAAAAGUGAACAUCAAUGGAGGCGCUGUUUCUUUGGGACACCCAAUUGGGAUGUCUGGAGCAAGAAUUGUUGUUCACAUGGCCCAUGCCUUGAAGCAAGGAGAGUAUGGUAUUGCAGGUAUUUGCAAUGGAGGAGGUGGUGCUUCUGCAAUACUAAUCCAGAAGUUAUAGAAUAAUGCAGCAAGUACCCUCACCUGUAUUUGUGAUCAGUCACCUGUAUUUGUGAUCAGAAGAGAUCAAUCAGUUAGUUAAUAGUUAAGGGUGUGAAAAGGGACAACUUUUCUGGAUGCUGCACAGUAUCCAUGUAUAGCUUAAAUAAACAGUUUUCUUGUCCUCAGAUUUGGUAAUCUUAAGACAUUUUUAGCUAAAAAAGGAAUCUCUAAAGCCUUUUCAAUUUCGAGGAAGAUGAUCUUGGGCAUGAUUGUUGAACUGAAAAGUAUUCAACUUUAAAAUGGAUUCAUACUUUUCAAAAUCCUGCAGUACCACAGUGGUGGGAGUAUGGAUGAGUGCCUUCCAAAAAGCCCGGAGUUUCUUUUUGGUAAAAUAGAUGUGAACUGACCUUUUUCUUAAUUUUUUCACUAUGUGACAUAUAAUUAUUAGUCUGUAUCAUUGAUAUACCUUUUGUAAUUAAUUUGAUUAGAAAUUAAAUGUUUUUCAAGAAAUUGGGCCAGAGCCAACAGUGUUUGACUAGAAAGUUGACAAUUAAUCCAGCCUACAAUUUAAUUCUCUUUGAGAUCUACCUCUGUAUUAAAUACCAUUCUUAAAGUCUUCUCUAAGCUAGACCUCAGGCAGCUAGAGUGCCAAGCCUGGAGUCAGGAAGAUCUGUGUCAGACAAUAGCUGUGUGACCCUGGGCAAGUCACUCAAUCCUGUUUGCCUCAUUUUCCUCAUCUUUCAAAAGAGCUGGAGGAGGAAAUGGCAAAACACUCCAGUAUCUUUAAGAAAUCCCCAAAUGGGGCCAUGAAGAGCUGGACAAGAUUGAACAACAACAAAAAAGCCAGACAUGGGCUGAGUUUCUUAAGUUGUUUCUUUGGCCUCUCAUGCACCUGCUGCUACAGUGUAGGUGAAUCCUAAUGUGUCUUACUCAUGAUUUUUUAUAUACAUUUCAAAGAACAUACUCUAGUGGCUUUAACACUAAAUAGAUUCUUUAGUUAUUAUAUGCAGUUAAUAGAUACAGGCUUGCACGUUUAAAACUCAGUAGGUCUGGGAAGAUUUAUGGUGGUUAUUUGUCUUCACAGGUAGUAUAUAGCAGGUGUAUAAUCCUCAUGAGCUAAGCCAGUGUUUCCCAAAUAUUAGUUUGUGGAGUACUGGCACUAAGCCAUAGAAUCUCUCAUCAGAUAUCCUUAUUUAAAAACUGAUUCCUUUUCCUUACCUACUUCUGAGCUCAUAAAAGCCAGCAGGGUAGAGAUCUGGGAAAACUAGCAACUUUUGCCAGUUAGAAAUAAGAGUUCUAAUUUGUAAACAGCAGUCUGGAUUCCACAACAUUCAGGAGACUGCUGGCAAAAUAAAGCUACAAUGCAUAACAGAAUAAACACAGCAUUACUUGGGCAUGAGGAUAUUGCAUCAAAUGGUAAGAGGAAGUUAGAAUAAACAGUAUAAUAUGGGGUGUCCCAAAAGUUUUAGUGCAGUUUAAAGUAUAAGAUUUUUGGGACAUCCUGUAUUCUGAACUCUAGCAGGGUCAGUUUACAGAAUGACUUAAUCAACUUGUUAUGCCUAAAAGCAGGUCAUGAGCUUUGUCUCUACCAUAAAGUCUGUUGCUUCCAGAUAGAAAUAAAAGCAGAUGUUCAGAAGAAACCAGGUGUCAAUAAAUAAGUCAAACUUUUGAAAAUUAACCAAAAUAUUUAUUCAACCCUAACGGUAAUGCAGUGUCAAGUAACAGAGCUUAUAUAAACAGUAACUGCAUAAUAUUUAGUUCCUUAGGAAUCUUCAUAUUACCACAUCAAACAAAUUUUUUACAACACAAAAGUCUGAAGUAAAAUUUGAACAUGACAAACCAAUUAGUGCUAGUGAAACAACUUCAGCAAAUGGUUACCAGAUAGCGAAAUAGGUUUUUAUGGCUCAGUGUAGAACAUACUUAAAGAAAGCUGCAUUAAUGUCAAUAUUGGACAACCCUGUAGGGGAAAAAAAAUCUACAUGGUUUAAGUUGAACCACAAUAGGAAGCACUUUAGAGAAUGCACUUUACAUCAGUAAUAUCCAGGCACAAUAGGUUAUAUGCUUAAUUAAGAUUUUGUUCUCAGGUAAAGGUUUAAAUUGACCCUUAAAUAUGACAGGUUGUUAUCACAAACGAGGAAUAUAGCUCUCUAAUGCGUUCUCUAUAUAGCUAGGAAGGUAUGGAGAGUUCAUCAUUGAACUGACCUGUAGAUAUCUACAUAUGUAGACACCUAACACUGAAAUAGUUUAAGGAAAAA